AUGUGUCCACUAUUCUUGCUAGUUCUUGGUACUAAGACUAGAACACAUGGAUCAGGGACUGGUGAAGGGGCUGUCAGUGCCUUGUCUAGCUGCGAAGGUGAAAAAAAGAAGCCCCUAAAACAGCCCAAGAAGCAGGCCAAGGGGAUGGAGGAGGAGGAUAAGGCUUUCAAGCAGAAACAGAAAGAGGAGCAGAAGAAACUGGAGGAGCCAAAAGCCAAGGCCUUGGGGAAGGGGCCUCUGGCCACAGGUGGAAUUAAGAAAUCUGGCAAAAAGUAA